AAAACCUACCUCCCCUCCCCUUCCCCCCUAAACGCCGCCGUCACGCACUGCCACAAGCAGUCCACCACUCACCUCUCUUGCUUGCCGCCGGCGACCAUGGCGGACGCCGCGAGAGGAGCAACGGCGCCGCCUCCCGGCGGCAGCCUCCCAGACGAGAUCACCAUCUGGGAGAUCCUCGUCCGUCUGCCCCCCAAAUCGCUCCUCCGCUGCCGCGCCGUCUGCCGCGCAUGGCGCAGCGCCACCUCCACCCGCCAAUUCCUCCUCGCCCACCACGCCCUCCAGCCCGCCCUCCCCCUCCUCUACGGCUACAACUUCGUCGGCGACGAGGUCGAGUCCCUCGACAUCAUCCCCUUCCACCAGCGGGCAGGCGCCGACCAGCCCCAGCUCCAGCUCCACCCCGUCGCGCGGCUUGAGCAAGACUCCGACUUCCACCAUCUGGAGGCCUGCUGCGACGGCCUCCUGGUCCUCUCCUUCCGCCACACCAGCGUCCGUGACUGGCGCUUCGCCGUCUGCAACCCCUCUACUCGUCAGUACGCGCCCCUCCCGUUGCCUUAUGGCUGUAACAUCGAGUACUCGCUCCUCGGGAUGUACCGGCACAUCCCCACCGGCGACUACCGACUGUUGAUGUACCGGGACUCAGUAUUGAUGCCUCAUGAACUGGUACCUGACCCCCCUGAAGACGGCUCCUACAUCUUCACGUUAGGCUCGGGCCAGCCACCGAGGUACAUAGGGUUCCCCGAUGCGCAGGUGCUGACAUACACCUUUGGAUCUCUCCUGUUUCGUGGCUGCCUGCAUUGGCACCCACCAGGCAGCACGAUAACGGUGUUCGACACCACUACUGAGUUGUUCUGGCAGAUGCGUGCUCCGGUUGUUACUGGCCAUGCUAAGUUGUUUCAGAUGGAUGGAAUGCUUGGCAUGCCCGGCUUUAAUGAUGCUGCGACAGCCAUUGAUAUCUGGGUGGCGCAGGACUAUGAGAGGGAGGUCUGGGCCUGCAAAUACCGGGUAGACUUCUCAUUUGCAGACCUCACUCUGCAGUUUGGCAAGUUGGACGAAAGUUCUUGGGUGGUGGCUGUGCCUUGGGAUGGUGACGUGCUCCUACUGAUCAAUUUUGGUGAGCGGCUACUUCAGGUUGACAUUGAGGGCAAGUUGGUCGCUACUUCCCAUCGCAGAGGCCUCGGUCCUGCAAAUCUUUGGCUCAAGCAAACUCUUGUUCAACAUACCUUCUUUCCAACACUCGAGGGUUAUGUUGCCAACUCUGCACCUUUCAUCUGACGGAUGUUAUAUCAAGUGGUGAUUCUAGCCCAACUUUCAGUAUCCUCAUGAGCUGCAGUGUGUAUGAAUUCGGUCCACUAUGAGCCAGCUAGUUUCAUUUUGAUGCAUAGACAAGUUAUGAUCAACAAGCUUGACUGUUUCAUGGUUAUGUUUAUAUUUCUUUGAAUAUUCUUCUGGGCUGAAGUGGCUACUGUGAGUCUUGAUGCUAAAUUGCAAGUCUUUCUUAAAGGUCAUCCAGUGGUUUCUGUUGUAAUUCCUUUUUUUCUGUUGUAUUGUUUGGAAUUGUGUCUCACUUAGCUGCUAAGCAUUUUAUGGAAUUAAUAGUGCAUAUGAAGUUCGACUCUGAAGAAAUAAUGCUUCUACUGACAAGCAGAAGUUUGUACUGUGUCUAGGGAUGGAUGCUUGGGUUUUCAUUAAUGAAAAUCGGAAGGGGUGAAGCCCUUCUUUUAUUCAAAAAAAAGCUAACAAGCAGAAGAAAAGAUUGACAUGGUCAGGUCCCAAAUUAUGUUCGUGUUGAGGCACUGGAACUUCCAGCCAUGUUCAUUUUUCUCUCGAGGCGACGAGAUGUCAUAUUGAGUAUCAUUGGCCGAAAGCAGAUUGCCCCAAGCAGGAUCACACCAUGAUUUGUGUGGCAAUAAAAUUGUAGAAAUAAGUUAAAAAAACACACUCUGGUCAUUUGUUACUGGAUGUAAUUGCUCAGCUCCUCACAUCACUUGUAGGCUACCCACAGUCAGUUUUCUGUUGCAUGCAUGUGUGAGAUAAAUGUACAUGUUGGCGAAAAACUAUUUCGAUUGUGUGGUUACAGCUUACACUAUCGAUGCAAUAUAUAUGUUUGACAUCCAGAUUGAUGUAUUCCAGUAUGUUUGAUCGAUCUGAAACAUGCAAAAAGUCUUUUCAGCUUAAACUGUAUUAUCUGCUUUUUGUGUCGAGCCAAUACGACAUCUGAGUACAUGAGCAAGAGCUGAAGUCCUCCUUUGGCUAAAUUAUUGUGUUGCUUUGAG